CCCGCAGCCGCCUCCUCCCAGGAGCCGCCCGGGCCCACCGCCUCCGCUUCCCGGGUGCGCCAGAACUUCCACCCGGACUCAGAGGCCGCCAUCAACCGCCAGAUCAACUUGGAGCUCCACGCGUCCUACGUGUACCUAUCCAUGGCCUAUUACUUCUCCCGCGAGGACGUGGCCUUGCACAACUUCGCCCGCUACUUCCUUCGCCAGGCCGGGGAGGAGACCCAGCACGCGGAGAGGCUGAUGAGGCUGCAGAACCAGCGCGGAGGCCGGAUCCGCCUGCAGGACAUCAGGAAGCCCGACCGCGACGACUGGGAGAGCGGGCUGCACGCCAUGCAGUGCGCCCUGCUCCUGGAAAGGGACGUGAACCAGGCCUUGCUGGAAUUGCACAGCCUGGCCUCCGACCGAGGGGACCCCCAUUUGUGCGACUUCCUGGAAACCCACUACCUGAACGAACAGGUGAAGUCUAUCAAGGAACUGGGGGACCACGUGCACAACCUGGAGAGGCUGGGGGCGCCACACUCCGGCCUAGCCGAGUACCUUUUUGACAAGCACACCCUGGGGAGUGAGGACGAGAACUAAGCGCAGGCUGCCUUCCCACUGCCCGGGGCACCUCAAACUCACCCCGUCGUUAUCUUGACUCCUCUGACGCUGUUCCACCAAUAAAGUGAUUUGUAGAGAAAAUAUAUUUCGCCCGUUUUAACAAGGGCUGUCUGGCAGCAUCAAGAUACUUACCCAUGGCCUAUUCCUUCUCCCGCGAGGACGUGGCUUUGAACAGCUUCCCCCGCUUCUUCCUUGCCGGAAUUGCACACUCUGGCCUCCGACCGAGGGAACCCCCCUUUGUGUGACUUCCUGGAAACCCACUACCCGAAGGAGCAGGUGAAGCCUAUCAAAGAACGAGGGGUCCACGUGUACAACCUGUUGAGGCUGGGAGCCCCUCAAAGGUAGCCCAGAAUAUCCUGGUAUAAAAGGACUGUGACAAAACUACUGAACCGAGCUGCCAGCUAGCUUUCCCCAGGUACCAAAUCCUACUGCAGACCAUCAGACACUAAAGCCAUUCUUUUCAAGACAUGAGCGGCUGAUGUGGGAAAAUAUGUCAGAUAAAUAUACAAAUACAUACAAGAUAAAGAGUGUGUAUAGAACUGUCAAAUGUAUACAUGCACAUCUUUGGGCAGUGUUUAUUUACCUUCUCCCAGUGUGUUCCAAAAAACAGUCAUGUCUGGAGAUGAUCUGCUUUUAAAAGAUUUUAUAAUCACAUAAAUUCAGGAUUCUCUGCGUAAAGUACGGGUGCUGGCCUGGGAAAGUCACAGCAGGUAUUAGCAUCUUAAGGGCUCUGGGAAGUCUCGCAAUUAAACAUAUCAA